AACACGAUUGAUUUCAGACAGGAAUCAAACUGAUCUCCUUUGUUUUUCGUAAAAUCUAAUGUGAAAAACUUACCUAUUUCCGCUGUAUUCGUACCGCGAUGUAGUGCGCGGUCAGCGCUUUCGUUUGCGAUAGUUAUUUGCCGGUUAGUGCGCGCGUUUGGUAGUGAAUUUGGUGAAAAUUCAGUGGUCAAUUGGACGACGACAUUCGAUGAUCGUUUUUUUGUGUGAAGUGUGUCUUCGCCUUCCUUUCGCGCAUUCUCUCGCUCUUUAUUUCGCCGUGUCCGCGUUUCCAGCUGAAAGGAGGUGAAUAAUAGCAGCAGCAACAACAGCACUCAAACCAAGCAGAAACAUCAACAAGAAGUGGCAGAGAGAGAAAACAGCGAAAUAAGCGACACAAAAUUCCGUCACAUACACACACGUUUAAUUAAUAUCGUGUUAGUCCAGUGCAUUGGAGCGGAAACGAGAAAAAAGGUGUUGUGUUUGAAGCCGUCAGUGGUGGCGAGUGAAUGAAAAGUAAAAUAAUACAAAAUAAAAAAAAGGUUCGUUGAAGAAAAAAGGUGUUCACCGAAGAAAGCAACAAAACAAAAGCUGUCUAGUUUUUUUUCUGGUGCGUUGAGCUACAAAAUUCAUACCUGCAGCAGCUAGCAGUACACACGGGGGCACCAGUGAAAUUGUGUUUGUGUGCUAAUUAGUGUUGGUGGUUUCGGGCCGCCAGUACGGUCGAGUGAUUCGCGCACGAUUCGCAAAACUGUUGGGCUUGUGGGGUGGAUAUACGCGAUCCCGUGGUAGCACCAGCUCUGUUUGGAGGUUGAAGUGUGUACGAAAUCAAGCAGCACCGGAGACAAACGGUUACUAACGCCAGGGACUUUCAGUACAACCCCCAACCGCACCACCGCCAUCGUUACCAACGGCAGCGAUUUUCCCGCGGUGUGCACUAAUUAGCUCGGUAACUUGAAGGCGGCAUCGAACGCUUGCGGGGCCAGAGCCGGUCCAAAUGUUUUGCGUCUUUGCGCAUCUCGGGACCUAGGUGAUUCCACGCCGCAGUCCCCGCUCCCGCCCCUCAACCUCCGGCCCCUCCAGGCCCUAGAUGAGUAUGUCAAUGAACGAAAAACGAAUGCUAGACCGCGAAACGCUUCGUUCCGUUAUCCAGCAAUGGAACACGGUUCGGCUGGAUAUCUUCGCUCUGUCGGAGCCAAACGAGAACUUGGAAUUCCAUGGUGUCAUGCGAUUCUAUUUCCAAGACGAAGGGCAGAAGGUGGCCACGAAAUGUAUCCGCGUGGCAUCGGAUGCCACCGUGUCCGACGUGAUUGAGACGCUAAUAGAGAAAUUCCGCCCGGACAUGCGGAUGCUAUCCCUGCCGAACUAUGCUCUCUACGUGGUGCAUGCCAACGGGGAAGAGCGCAAGUUGAACCCGGAUGAAAAGCCACUGCUGGUGCAGCUCAACUGGCAUAAUGACGAUCGGGAGGGACGGUUUUUGCUAAAGAACUGUGCCCAGAAAACAAAUACACUAGACAGUAUUACCGAUCAGCCAAGCUUCAAGCGGAAACUAUCGAAACGGGAAAAGAAAGAGCAGAAAAAGAAGGAAAAGCUUUUCAAGCUGCAGUCAAGUGGAGCUGCGGGAUCCGAGAAUCAUGUGGCUGAGAAGCUGUACACAGAGCUGCCGGAAACAUCCUUUACGCGUUCCAUCUCCAACCCGGAAGCGGUGAUGCGACGACGGCGGCAGCAAAAACUCGAGAAAAAGCUGCAGCAGUUCCGUUCCCGCGACGGGGGUCCCGACACCGGUGGGACGCUAAAAAUCUACGGUGAAAGUCUAUGUCGCGAUGUGCCUUACAAAACGCUACUGCUCUCGAUACGAGACUGUGCCCAGGCCGUGGUACGGGAGAUGCUCGCCAAGUACGGCAUGGAUAAGGUGGACCCGCUGCACUACUGUCUGGUACAGGUUAACAGCGAUGGAUCCGAGUACAUCCUGGACGAUGACGAGUGCCCGCUGUCGAUAUUGAUGAAUCAUCCCACGUCAAGGGGAUCCAUUAUGUUUCACGUUCGCCGACGACCUGCAGACUCCCAGCCCCGGCGGCGAAAGAAAAAGCCCCUCGGCGUAUCGAAUGGUGGCGGCAAUCUGAGCGGCGAGCGGGACGGUCCGAUGCUGAUCGAAAUCACCCACAGUGGCGACGGUGGCCGGCGGGUCAAGCUGGGCAGUGAACCGAUUGAGGUCGGCUCGGCAAACACCAAUGCGCUGCAGCUCUUCGGACCGUCCAUCCAGGCCCGCCACUGUUUGAUUUCGCUGCAUGACGGCGUGUGCACUGUGACGCCGCUGCACGCCGACGGGACAACCUUCGUCAAUGGACAUCACAUCCAGCAGCCCACGAUUUUGCAUAACGGCUCAGUUGUAAUGUUUGGUCGAGUGGCAUCCUAUCGCUUCGUGGAUUCCCCUUCCGAUGGUCGAUACAAUCUUGCCCUGUCCCAGUCUCAGCUGGAUUCGGCCUGUCUGUACGAAAGUCGAUCGCCCACCUCACCUACCUCCUGGAACGAAGAGGAAAGUCGCCCAAUCAGCCCCGUAAGCUCCGUACAGCCGGUUCCGAGUCAGAAACUGAACAUCUACCUGGAUGCAACCGAUGGCGGAAAGUUACUCGAUCAGCAGCAAAUCACCAAACCUCCGUCGUUUGAUAUUCAACACAGCAACGUUGCGACUUCUGCCAUCCCAGCGGUGAGUGGCAACGUGGGGACGUCCCAUUCUCACAUCCAUCAGACGCAAAACUUGCUCAUGACUAGCCUGGACUCGGUGGAUGUGGCCUCGACUGCUGGUGGCGUAGCUGUGAAUGACGACGCCAAGAGUAACACCACGGCUGAGUUCAACGAGAACGAUGUCGGUAACAUCGAAACGGAAACGAAAUCGAUAUCCAGUUUGAAAUCCAUCGGAUCCGCCCAGGACAGGGUGAGUACAUUCCCCAAGCUGCAACCAUCGCAUGCAGCAGCAUCCAUCUCGAGCGAACCGGGUGGUCAGGAACCCAUCCUACCCGCUGUGUUGGAAUUUCCCGAACAGCACCAGGAAGCCUUCUUGCAGGCCGUCACCAGCGAACUUGAUGUCAAUUCACCUAACUUUAAGCUAGCACCAGUGUACACACUUUACCUAUGCGCCAGGUACCGCGCAUCCACCCACUACCGUCCCGAUUUGCAACCAACCGAGCGUGCCCACAAGUUAACAGUAUUCCUCCAUCAUGUUGCCAAUCUGAUCCAGAACGUCGUUCAGGAGCAGUACACCGAUGCCAAAAUUCUGUCCUUUUGGAUGGCCAACAGUUCCGAGUUUUUGCAUUUUCUCAAAUCCGACCGACACAUUUCGGCAUUCAGCGUUCAGGCGCAGGAGGUCCUUGCCGAGAGUGUGCAGACCGCAUUCCGAAAUUUAGUAUCUAUAUUUCAUGUGGAGCUUUCGCAAACGUUGAACCAGUUUCUGUCGGAAAAUAUUGACCACGACUCUGCCGCCGGUUUGGUGCUAUCCGUGCUGGGCUCAGCGAUGGCCCUGCUGCGACGGUGUCGGGUUAACGCCGCUCUAACGAUACAACUUUUCUCUCAGCUUUUUCACUAUAUCAAUGUGGUCUGUUUUAACAAGUUUGUCACAACAUCCCACAUGUGCACGAGCGCCUGGGGAAAAGCACUAAGCGAACGUCUCUCGCUUCUGGAAUUAUGGGCCGAGAAGCAAGGCCUCGAAUUGGCUGCUGACUGCCAUCUGGCCAAAAUCAACCAAUGUGCACAGUUUCUGCAGGCACCGAAAACGUCCGUCACCGAGGUUCAACAACUGGUGUGCUCCUGCUUUCGGUUAAAUUCUCUGCAAAUGGCAGCCCUGCUGUCGCAGGAAACAAUCCCACGCAAUCUGAUCGAUGCCACCGUACGGAUGGCUGAGUCCGUGGCCGACGAGCUAAGCCGAGCUGAUGGGCGUGAAAUUCGGUUAGAGGAAUCACCGGAACUACCGUUGGCUUUACUGCUGCCGGACGAUGGUUUCAGCUGUGAUGUGGUUCGCGGUAUCCCUGCCGGACUGGUGGAUUUUCUAAAUCCGUUCCAGAUGGCAAAUAUGUGCCGGCUGGCAUCGCAGCCUACUAGCAUCGGGCUGUGGACCGUUUAUAUGCACCAAUUUAACCAAGGACGAUCGCCCAGUGUAAUGUCCAGCAAGUUGCCCCAGCCAGAGAUUCAGAUCAUCAAGCUGCACAAAAACGCCAACGGUAUGGGACUGUCGAUAGUGGCCGCGAAAGGUGCCGGUCAGGAACGGCUGGGGAUCUACAUCAAAUCGGUCGUAAUGGGUGGGGCAGCCGAUCUGGACGGUCGGUUGCAAGCCGGCGAUCAGCUGCUGGAGGUAGAUGGGCAAAGUUUGAUCGGCAUAACACAGGAACGGGCGGCUGAUCAUCUUGUUCGGACCGGUCCCGUAGUGACCUUGAAGGUAGCAAAGCAGGGUGCCAUUUAUCACGGGUUGGCCACAUUAUUGCAGCAGCCCAGUCCCGUUAUACAACGCGGUGGCAGACGAAUGUCCGAACGAGACAUGACACGCAUAGGCACCAGUGACCCCAGCAAACCACCUCUACCUUGCCCUUCUGGACAGCAAUUACUCAACAGCAAAUCGGUUCCUGCGCUGCACCACGUUGGCAAUAUCGGUGCCUCUGCUAGUAAAUCUCGUAGCAUCCACAACCUUGCGGGAGGAAGCAGUCAGGAUCAAGGUUUUUAUCAAAAUCUCAGUGUUUAUCGCGCGCAGAAUCAAAGUCAUCCAAACUUGGGUGAAAGACCUCCAAUGCCACUCCAAACAUCACUCAACUCCCCGGGUGCAUCGAUAAGCAGUGGCAACAGCCAGCAGCAAUCAAUUCUUAGCCGUCCAGCAUCUGCCUACUUCAACAGCAAUAACAAUGCCAAUCCAAACACCUUGUUGUUGACAACACCAACCAACUCGAUGUCGUACGCAGCAAUGCCUAAUCAACAGCAACAUCACCCGCAGCAACCUCUUAGCAGUAACAUGUCACAUCCGAACCUAGUGGCAACCGGUUCUAAUACGAUGAACAACCGACUUCAGAAAAUGCAACAGCAGCAACAACAACAGCAACAAAUCGGCAUGAACAACUUCGUACGGGAUUCACAGGGACAGCAGAGUCUCAGACUGAAUCAAAUGAUGGCUCCGUCUAUGCCCAAUAUUGCACAUUCCUUCCAGCAGCCACAGCCACCACAGCAGCCCCACCAGCAUCCGACGCAGCAUCCAUCUGGUUUAUCGGCUAGUCAAAGCAUGCAAAACGUUAACAUGAUUGCUGGUGGGUUUGGAUACCAAAAUGGUAGCCCCAUGAUGUCCCCUCAUCUGUAUCCCAACGAGCAACAGCAGCAACAACAACAACAUGCCUCGCUACUUCGUGGUCAAGCGAAGCUAGCAGAGAUGAACGAGUUGAUAAAACGGCGCAAUCAAGCUGUGCCUCCUCAGCAGCGUUCCCAAAAUCCAGAUUCUUCAAUGAUGCCAUCCCCCUCCAUGCCGCCGCAGAUGCAGCAGCAACAACAUCAAGCCUUUAGCGGUGCUAGUCCUCAUCCCAGUACUCCAAUGAGCUCUCACAAACAAAUGCCCCCGUCAACGGCUCCUAAGCCACAGAUCCGUCCUGGAGCUCCCGAGCUGCAAGAGCAUCCACCACUUCCACCAACUAAUACGCAUCCCCUGUUCAAAACAGCACCCGGAAGUGGUCCCACCGUAGGCGCAUACAGCUCUUCCGAACCGCCAAAGGUAGGUUUCUAUCCGACAAUGCCACAGCAGUCAAAAAAUAUAGCCCCAGGAAGCAACCCCUGGGAACGUGAGGAGAAGGAGAAGGAAACUGAAGUCCGCCGAGAACAAAUACGCGCUUGGCGCGAUCAACAAAUCGCUGAAUUACAAAAUUUAUCGCAUCGAUCGCCCCAACAAGAUGACCAACUUCGUACUCUCAUGCUUGAGCGGGACUUUGAAAAACGUGCUAUGGAGGAAGAUACUGAUUUCGACAACGAUUCUUCUCCGUACGGGAAAGACUCUGCUGCUGUUCACGAAGUGUUGAGACUCACACAAGCACAGAACACUAUAUCAGCACCUCUAACCAAAAUGAAGCAAGUCGACGUCAAGACGUCAUCCAUUCAAAGCUCUGAAACCACAUCAAACGAUGGUCAGCAGCCUGCAAAUUCCGUUGCGAACACCAUCGCCAGCUUCCAGCAGCAGGUGGCCUCCGCUAGUGCCUCUAUUCAACCGAAAAGUAUCCUUAAACACAACAACAGUACGCCAUCGUCUCCAUCGAAGGGUUCCGCUAAAUCAGCCAGUUUUGCACAUCACGAUAAGCAGCUUAAUCUCAGUGAAAUUACUAUAAACAACACUAACGCCAACCAGUUGAUAACUCAAAUGGCUUUGGACAUGUCACAAAUGAAUCUUGGAGAACAACAGACAGAGGAAGAACCAUCCGAGUCGCAAUCAGCAAUUAAUGGCUACCUCCAAGACACAACCAACAACAACAACCAGGGAAUAGUUCCGCCUCCACCACCACCGGAACGAAACAGCUCGUAUGUCAUAAUGUCCCAACAGCAGCAAAAAAUUAGAAGCAGUGCCACAAAGCUUACUUUCAACAGUAAUGUUGCAACGCCGGAGCAUCAACAACAGCAAAGUAUCCUUAAUAAUAACAACAACAAUAACAAUGGAAACAGUAACACUUUGGGAAGAUACAGCAACAAUCUUCUCGCAACCGCCCCUACUCAUACGACAAUGCCCGCUAAUUUUGGUGCCGGACAGAUCAACAAUGCCGGCGGUAACGUCGUUGGUAAUACUGGAAACAUUAACAGUAAUAAUAACAACAACAACAAUAUGGCAACACUCGGUGGAUCUUUCCGGGAUAACAAACGCGUUUCGUUCCACGACGAAGAUGCCAUUACGGCAGCCAAUAUGAUGAAUAACAAUGCCGGCGGAGGAGGUUUCUUCUCCGGGAACAGUAGCAACAUAGGCAGUAGCUACACGGAAGCGGGACAUCUGAUCGGGAGCAGUGGUGCCGGCGAACAGGGAGCGCUGGGAACGAUUAUGGAGCGACCGGAUCCGGAUCGCUUCAUCGAUGAAACCAUGCCAGCCAUGCUGCACACACCGACCACCCCCGAUGCGGAAAGCUGGAACAUGCCGAUGCAGGCCACGCCUGGUGUGAUUGGUGCCCAGGAAGUGUAUCGUGAUCCUCGCACUCGCCGGCUGGCCGAACAGCAGCAGAAGCAAAAAUCCGAACCCGUACCAGAAAAGCUGUCGUUUAAGGAGAAAAUGAAAAUGUUUGCCCUAGAGUCGGGUGAAGAUAAUACCCCGAAAGAUAAGUUGAAAAUAUCCCGCGCUCAGCGAGACAUUGAUGCAGUCCACUGAAGUGGUUCAAACUAGCUGUUGGAAGGAAACCCCGGAACAUAGGCGCCGUCGAGCUAAGGUAAAGUACAUUUCCUCUAUCCCUCACAUUGGAUAGGCUGGUGCGAAACGAAUCGGUAUUAAGUGGUUAGUAUUAAAGAAAGGUAGAAACUGUUUUUUGUUUGUUUUAGUAUUUAACCGCUGUGAAAAGUUGAUUUUAUUCGUUUUAUGACACUGAGUGAUGAUCACGAUCAUCCUGUAUAGAUUUAGCUGAAUCGGAAGCAAGGAUUUGAAUAUGCUAGGGAACACUAUUUGUUAUUACUUUUUUAGAGGUGUAUAAACAAAGUAUAAAAUUGAAGGACUAUUUGCUGAAGGUACAUGAUGAUUACAUUAUUGUAAUUUAAUAAAAUAUACAUCUCACAACAUAUUGCCUGCUACAUACAAACAAACCCCUGGAUUAGGACAAAGCAUGGACAUGAUAACUUCACUAGAGGAACCCAUUGGACCAAAAAAACAAGAUAUAUAUUCAUUCUUAAAACAUUUUCUAGAAAGUUGUAUAUGUUAAGCAAAAAAAAAUAACUAGACAAAGUAGAAAACAAUUUAAAUAUUAGAUUUUAUUCCCGGACCUACAAGUGUAGCGAACAAACUGUGGUAAAGCGCGAAUCUUGUUCAGAGAGGAAAGUCCUUUUUUUUCUACAAACAGAUGUGACAGUGAUUCGUAUCGAAGUCCUAUUUUUGACUAGAAUGUUAGCUAUUUUGUAUCGAAACUUAUUCAAAUAAGUGACCUAAACCCGAGAUGCGGUAGCCAAAACCGUACAUAUAAAAAGUUGAAUAUAACCUGUCUCUGCGUGGGAUUGACGCGUGAAAAAAAGAAAGCAUUAGUGAUUAUGGCACCCUGAGAUGUUUGGUCAAUUUUUGCCUCCUCACACUUUAUUAUUACUUGCUAACCCAACCUGCUAGCAAAAGGACACACCACUGGGAUUUGAUACAUGUUUACACUUAGGAGAUCAAUGUAUAGCGAUACAACAGCAUGUUAUAAAACCUGUUUCCAAACAUUGCAUUUCAUGGUUAGACUAUCGACUAUUUAAGUGACAACACAAGCGGGCGAAACAUUAGGGACUAGAAUAGGAAUUGAGCGAACUAAAAACACAGAAAUGCAACCUGUUAGGCAGCGAAAGAAAGCUAAGGCAGGUAUGAUUUUAUUUGUUAAUAUGUUUUUAUAUUUCUGAUGAUUAAUCUUAUAUAUAAAAUAUAUACGAGUCCACUAGCAGAUAUAUUCUGGAUUUUUUUUAUCAAGGUGAACCCCAUUUCAGACUACCGGAGACAAGUAUUUCACAAAAAAUAAGGUGUUUUAAACUCUUCACAUAUUUAAAGAAACUGAAUCCUCCGAUAGUACGAGAUUUGUUAAUGAAUACAAUACUAUAAACACACAUAGAAUUGCACAGGCGAUAAUAGCAGAACAAACAUAGUACAUUUUCAAGCAAAAAAGCAUAUUUCUCAGAUAAUAGCUUAUAAUUAUGUCUCAUAUAGUAGAAUUUUAUUAAGAAAUCAAUACACACAGCAACUAACAUACACUUUAACGGAAAAUACAGCAAACAUGUAAAUGUUA